UGCUUAUAAUAAAUAAUUCCCUCAAACAAUUUCCUUUCCGUGUUAUAGUGCUUGGCUAAAUGUAAUGCACAGACUGUAAUAUGCGUGUUUAAUGUUUUCCUUUUUUGAGUAUAUUGAUGAUUAACUAUGGUCAAUCAAAUUACGGGCAUGCAUAUAUUUCAACUGUUAUAUUUAUAUGCAGAAAUAAUUAGAUUGUUCAGCUUGAGCAUAGCCACACAGUGCAGACACGAUAAAUACUACAAUACGAAGAUAAACAACUGUACUGAUUGUCUUCCGGGAUACUAUGGACAAAACUGCAGGAAAUCUUGUCGAUACCCGAACUACGGUGUCAGUUGUCAAGAAGGAUGCAAUUGCUCAAAGAUAGCAUGCAAUCACAUAAUUGGAUGUAAUGACAACGCUUUAGAUGGACAUGACAACAAUAAUGGUCAUCUACUGAUCAUCGGUCUUUUGGUAGGGAUUGGAGUUGCGCUGAUAAUUGUCGCUUGCUUCAUUAUAACUGCAAGAAACAGAAGAUUCUAUACUAGGCAAAUCAGAGAAAAUGCCCAUUACAUUGGAUCGGUGGCGACUGAACAUAGCAUGACAACUAAUAUGUAUAACCCCUUGGAGCCAUGUACUCGUCAUUGCAGUGAAAGCGAAGCUACGGACAGUGGUGUAUACAUGUUAGCAGGGACACUUCGAUAUGAACACAUAAAUCUCGAAUAAAUAAUCCGUUACGACUGUUAUCAAGAACUUUUGACCAUAAUCUUGAACAAGAUAUUGUGCUGAAAAAGUGCUGAAUUAUGUUAGUAAUUGUAUACAACGUCAUUUAAGAUUAUUUCAAGCUUGCUGCUAUCCAUAAUUGACAUAUGUCAGGAAGUGAAAUUUUAUAUGUGUUUACAGAUCAACCUAUAUUCAUAUAGCUCUACAACUGAUCUUCACUCUUAAAUGCAUUUGUUAUAUACAAUCCUUUGAAUUAAUAAAUAUCAAUGAAAUGAUAUCAACACUAUCCGAUAUAAUAUGUCAGAUGUAAAUUCAUGAUUAAGUAUUUACAUUGUAUUAUAGAUUUGCAAUAUUUUAAAAUACAUAUAAGAUAUACAAUUUAACUUUUAAGUGAUCUGAUUUGUAAUAUAUAUAUAAACUUUUAUUACAAACAAAAGUGAAUAAAAGUAUAACAUUGAAAUACAGUCUAAGCAUGGAGGAAGUUUUUCUACAAAUGAAAAUUGCAAUAUAAGUAGGUAACUGACCACUUGAAAUAACUUUAUGUUUACAAAUAUAGAAUUUCCUCUUUCCGCGACUUAAUGGUUGCAUAGUUCAAAAACUAUAACAUCAAUUAGUGUUAUGAGUUACAAACAUUUGCAUUUUGUGUUAUGGAAAUUCCUUAUUGUAUAUAUAUUAAUUAUAUUUGUAUUGUAUAUUUAAGUCACGAAUAUUAUGUGUAUAGUAAUUAUUUCUUUUUCUAUGUUUAAAAUUCUUAAAUGAAAUUAAAUUCAAUGCAGCCACUAAAUACAUGUGCAUGUGUCAAUAUAGAU